AGCUCCGAAUUCACUCAAAUGUUCAUCGGCCCGCAGCGGAUGUCAUUUUUUCGAGCGAAAAGAAGAAGAAUCGUGAAAAAGAAGACGCUCGUGGUUAAGUCCAUAAUUUAAUUAAAUUUUUUAAUAUGCCUUCGGACGAGGAUUAUUCGUCGCGUCCGUCAUCAAAACAGUGGAGUAGAUUUGCCCGAGAUGAGUACGAUCCGAUCAAGGUGGGUUCAAUCGACGGAACGGACGAGUUUGCCCACGAUCGCGCGUUGAUUCGCGCCCUCAGUUCCAGCUACAAACCCAACCACAAGGUCGUCGGCGAGCCGUUGUGUACAGUCUUUGUGGCCCGGUUGGCUUACUCCGUCGGAGAGGAAAGGCUUCGGGAGUUGUUUGGCAGAUUCGGAACGAUAGUGCGGUGUCGAUUGGUGCGCGAUGUCGUAACGGAACUCUCCAGAGGGUACGGAUUCGUGGAGUUCUCGGAUCGUAAGAGUGCGUUGAGGGCGAUUGAUGAGAUGCAUGGACGGAAAGUGGAUGACAAAGAAAUUAUAGUCGACGAAGAGUGGGAAAGGCGAUUGAAAGGGUGGAAACCAAGACGAUUGGGCGGUGGAUUCGGAGGAAGGAAAAAAAGCCAACAGCUGCGAUUCGGAUGCAAGGAGAGGCCUUGGAAGAAACCGGUAAGUGAUUUGCGAUAUACGAGCAGGAGCGAGUUUUAUCGGAUUACAAAACAUCAGAGGGAAGUGCUGAACUCGAUUGACCUAGCUUAAUGUAUGUUUAUUGAAUUAGAAAAAAAAUGUUUAAAAUAUAAUAUAGAUAAUAAUGAACGAGUGCAACAACAAA